GGCUUUCUCUGUUUAUGAAGAAAACCAGACCCGAUGCGCUCUCAUCUCAGUUUGAAGUUUUGACACACUUGGACAAAACCUCAGGCUUGGGAAGCAGCAUUAAUCAUCUCUCCGUGAACUACUGCUGUGACCUUAGAAAGGAUGUGGAGGAGUCCAUGUGAUGAUAGGAAACCAGUAUAAGUCCCCAACCCACCAAGAGAGGAACUAGGAUUACAUGGCUGCCAUGGACUGACAGGUCAAUUGAUACCAGAUCACGCUGGCUUUGCUUGGAAGUUGACAAUGGUGUUGUUUCUGAUUGGGAUCUCUAUAGCCUUGAAUAACUCAUCUCAUGACAAUCAAACAACAGAAAACCCCACCCAUCAGGGGGCUCAUGUGCUACCGUCAACACUGGUCAUAUCCCUGCUUCUUAUCAUUGUGGUCCUGCUGACGAUCUACUGUCUAAGGUUUAAACACCACAGGAAAGCUCUGGUUACCUCUGUGGAUAAAAAGAUUCCAAAUGGCUUUUUGGAGGAACAAGGAGAGCAGACAGUGGUCCUCCUCCCUAGGUCUCCCUCGCCAUCCAAGAGGUACUUCCCCAUCCCUCUGGACUCGCUGGAGGAAGAAUACCGGAUACGCUCAGCAGAUGACGGCAAGCUCUUCAGAGAGGAGUUCAAUUCGCUGCCGUGUUACUACCACCAUGGGUCCUUUGAGGAGGCGAGCAGAGAGCACAACAGAGAGAAAAACAGAUACCCAAACAUUUUACCAUAUGACCAUUCAAGAGUGGUGUUAAGUCAUCUGGACGGACAUCUGUGUUCAGACUAUAUAAAUGCAUCCUACAUAGACGGUUUUAAAGAGAAGAAUAAAUUCAUCGCUGCUCAAGGCCCAAAACCUGAGACAGCGGCUGACUUCUGGAGGAUGGUUUGGGAACAGAAAACAACAACUAUAGUAAUGCUGACAAAUCUGAAAGAAAGGAAAGAGGAAAAAUGUUAUCAGUACUGGCCAGAGAAAGGCUGCUGGAUGUAUGGAAACGUCAGGGUGGCAAUGGAGGACUUCACUGUACUGGUGGACUACACGAUUAGGAAAUUUUGUGUACAAUAUCAGGGCAGCGAUGGCCUUCGAGCUCCUCGACUCGUCACCCAGCUCCACUUCACCAGCUGGCCAGACUUCGGGGUGCCAUUCUCACCCAUUGGCAUGCUGAAAUUCCUCAAGAAGGUCAAGAACGUCAAUCCAUCUUAUGCUGGACCUAUUGUUGUGCACUGCAGCGCCGGGGUGGGGAGGACUGGGACGUUCAUUGUCAUUGACAGCAUGAUCGACAUGAUGCACAUGGAACAGAGGGUGGAUGUCUUCGGCUUUGUGAGCAGAAUACGAGAGCAGCGCUGUCAACUCAUUCAGACAGAUAUGCAGUACUCCUUCAUCUACCAGGCUCUGUUGGAGUACUAUCUGUAUGGAGACACAGAGCUAGAUGUGUGCUCUCUUGAGGGCCAUCUGCAGAGGCUUCACAACACUAGGGCUCCUCACGACAGGCUGGGCCUGGAGGAGGAGUUCAGGAAGCUGACCAAUGUACGCAUAAUGAAGGAGAACAUGAGAACUGGGAACCUUCCUGCCAACAUGAAGAAGAACCGUGUACUUCAGAUCAUCCCGUAUGAUUUCAACCGAGUAAUACUCUCAGUAAAAAGGGGACAGGAGUUCACAGACUACAUCAAUGCCUCCUUUAUUGAUGGCUACAGGCAGAAGGACUAUUUUAUCGCAACCCAAGGCCCCCUGUCUCACACCGUGGAGGACUUCUGGAGGAUGGUGUGGGAGUGGAGGUGUCAUUCAAUCGUUAUGCUCACCGAACUCAAGGAGAGGGAGCAGGAAAAAUGUUUCCAGUAUUGGCCAUCAGAGGGCAGUGUAACAUUUGGAGAUUACACCGUGGAACUGACUGGAGAUACACUUUGUGACACCUUCACUCUCAAAGACAUGGUGCUCACCUACAGAACAGAAAAGCAGUCACAACACGUCCGACACUUCCACUUCCACGGAUGGCCCGAGAUUGGAAUACCGGCAGAAGGCAGAGGGAUGAUUGACAUUAUUGCUGCUGUGCAGAGGCAGCAGCAGCAGUCUGGAAACCGACCCAUAAUUGUGCACUGCAGUGCCGGUGCAGGUCGGACUGGUACCUUCAUUGCCCUCAGUAACAUUCUGGAGAGGGUGAAAGCUGAAGGCCUCCUCGAUGUUUUUCAGACAGUCAAGAGUUUACGCAUGCAGAGACCACACAUGGUUCAGACUGUGGAGCAAUACGACUUCUGCUACAGAGUGGUUCAGGAUUUUGUUGACAUUUUCUCAGACUACGCCAAUUUUAAAUAAUACCUGUCUGAUAACUGUUCUGUGUAGUAAUGUCAAAUUAACUUAUGCAAUUUUUUUCUGAAUGUUGUUUUCUAAGACAAGCUCUUUUUACAUUUUGCACUUGAUUACAGAUAUCACAUUUGUUGUAAUAUACUGUAACAUAUUUGAAAAUAUGUGCUCCAGGAGAUUCUGCCACUUUGAAGAAUGAUCCUCAAAUCCUCUGGUGUAAAUUACAGCAAUUGUAAUGGUUAUUUAAUGGCUUGGUUGGAUUGUUUAAGGUAUUAAAAAAUCAGAGUUUCAUGUUGCAUAAGUGCAGCAUCCUAAGAUCAGUAAGAGGUUUUAGAGGAAACAUUUAAUAAUAGUUCCCUAACUUUAUCUAUAUGUGUAUAUACUAUGGUAUUGUUCAGUUUCUACUUACAGCAUCACACAUGUUGUCUAAUACAAGCCAUCGUCUUGUAUUUCUGCUUAUUUUAAUGACCACAAUGCCUUUGGUUUGGAUUAUUUGUAUUUUAUGCCUCCCACAUGAUUGCUGUUGAGAAAAUAAAAUGGCUAUUUGAUUAAUUUGGAUAAAAUGAUGAAUGCUUUUGCUAAAAUGACACCCUGUGUGUGGAUAACAUUUAUGAUCUACUUUCAGCUCAAACAAAAACAUAAGACUUAUGAUACAUGCCAUUCUAUUAAACACACUGCAAAUUACCUCACUUCUGUCUAUGAAUAACUUAACAGGGGCUGCCUGUUGCAAUUUUAUUCAACUUCACCAACUUUCCUUUUUGCCUGUGGCAAUAUUACUUAGAGGUUUGGUGCCUGAUGCUGCAAACUGAAAUUAGCCCACACUGAAACAGGCAGAAAAUAAAGUAUUACCACAUGAACCUAAAAGUAUCCAUCCAUCUAAGGUUUUGCAGAAGACAUCAUGUCCUGCUUUAAAAAACAACUUUUUAUACACAUUAAUAAAACACAAAUACAGUGCCAUAUUGAUUAGGAAAACAAUUCUAAUCAUGAAAACUUGUCACCGAGUGACACAAUUUUAAUUGUGAUAAGCCAGAUGUUUAUGUUUAAUGCAGAUAUAACAGAUACAGGUUUAAAUGUGUAAUUGUUUAUAAAUAGAUAAUCUUAUUUAUUAGUUAUAGCUUCUUUAUUUGUAUUAUAAUUAAAAAAGAUGUACCAUAAUUUUAGUUGUAGCAUAUAAUUGUGUAACAAGUAGAGAAAGAAAAAAAAUAAAACUAGUCAUUUUACCAUUAGAAAAUGUGGAUCUUAAAAAAAACAGCUAUAAAGGAAGCAAUGCAGAUCUGAAGAAUCUGUGAUCAUUUAGUGAGAAAAACGCUGAGGACAGUAAAAAGCAUUCACUGUAUGAACCACUGCUCAGCCCAAAUGAAAAAUAUAUACAUGCACAGACAUUUUGACAUAUUUUGACUAUGGUAGUAACUCUUAUUUCAUACUUUAAAGAAGGAAACAGCUUUUCUGCAAAAUUCAAAUCAUAUAUUUUUGCAAGGCUUCUGCUUGCUUCUUUUUAAAACCUGUAAGUUUAGAAGUCUUAAACUUAGGUGAAGAACUUUAUACAAACUUCCAUUUCAACACAUUUAUACAAUGGGUUUAUACAUGGAACACAAGUAUCACUUGUCUUGCUGUAUUCAUAACUGUUAAUAAAUCAUUAUUUUAAUGUACAUAAGUACAUAAUGCUGGAAGAGUAAAAUAUGGACAGAGUGACCGUGAGGCCUCUGAUGUUACAUUAAAAUGCACAUGCAUCUUGUUUCAGUUUUGUUUCUGCCUUUUGUUUCUGUAUGGAUUUGAACUGCUAUUUGUUGCUAAAAGCUGAUUCAAAUAAAUUAUAGAUGAACAGAAAAGUCA